CUCAAAAAAUUAAUUACUUAAUUAAAUAAACAAAGUUUUCACUCCAAAGCAAAUUUCUGACAAGAGAAGUUGGAGGUGGGGAGAGAGAGCACUGAUUAGGGAAAAACAUUAAACUCAAUAAAAAAGUCUCAGAUUCUCUAGGUUCUUGUAUGGAGAAAAGGAACUAUAAGACUAAUUAUGGAAGAAAUUCAAAUGUGAGUCAAUACUGUGGAAAUAAAGCUAAUAAUAAGAAAAAUAUUCAUGAACUAUGCUCAAGAAAUAUGAAGAACUUUCCCUACCAUAUUUAACAUCGUGUAGGUAUUUUCACAAGACUCUUACUGUUAGGCUUUACCACGCUUACAAUGAUUUAUAACAUAUAUUUAUUUUUGCAGAGAACCAGAGUCACUCCACCAGUCCUGCCUGGGGCCCCAUGAAAGUGGCCAACAAUGUCACUGAGUUUAUAUUCCUGGGACUUUCCCAAGAUUCUGGAAUGCAAUUGAUGUUCUUUGUUUUAUUUUUCCUCUUCUACGUUGUGAUCGUGGUGGGAAAUUUGCUCAUUUUGCUUAUGGUCUUUUCUGACUCCCGACUGCACACACCCAUGUAUUUCUUCCUCAGUAACCUGUCUUUUGUGGAUAUUGCCUAUUCCUCAGCCACAGCACCCAAGAUGAUUGCAGACUUUAUUUCUGAGAAAAAGACUAUUUCCUACUGGGGCUGUAUAACUCAGAUGUUUACCUUCCACUUUUUUGGUUGUGCUGAGAUUUUUGUUUUGACCGUCAUGGCUUUUGAUCGUUAUGCUGCUAUCUGCCAACCCCUCCGUUACACUGUCAUCAUGAGUGCUAAUGCUUGUACUGUGCUGGCAUCACUGUCCUGGUUGGGGGCCCUGGGUCAUUCCUUUGUUCAGACCCUCCUGACCUUCCAGCUGCCCUUCUGUAAUGCUCAGGUUAUAGACCAUUACUUUUGUGAUGUCCACCCAGUCCUAAAACUUGCCUGUGCUGAUACAACUCUGGUAAAUAUGUUGGUAGUUGCCAACAGUGGUCUCAUCUCCCUGGGGUGUUUCCUCAUUCUUUUGGCCUCCUACACAGUCAUUCUGUUUAGUCUUCGAAAACAGUCUGCAGAGAGCCGACGUAAAGCUCUCUCUACCUGUGGAUCUCAUCUGACUGUAGUAACUUUCUUCUUUGUUCCAUGUAUCUUUAUUUAUCUCCGUCCAUCCACUACUUUCCCAUUGGAUAAAGCUGUGUCUGUGUUCUAUACUACCAUCACCCCAAUGCUGAACCCACUCAUCUAUACGCUGCGGAAUGAGGAUGUAAAGAAUGCCAUGAGGCGCCUAUGGAGUAGCAAGAUCUCCUUGAAGGAAAAGCAGAGAGGAUAGUUUGUCAGAAUUGCAAAAUCAGAGAAUUAGUGGAUACCUUCAAUGAUCCCUAAUUUAUUAAUAAUUAAAAAAAAUUGUUCCUAAAUGCAGCUUUUAUGUUUUGUCUAACAGGAAAUAAUUUGAGGCUAUUUUAGACAGGCUAAACUUAAACCUUUCCAUGCUUGGCAAGGUUUAUCCUCUCUUACUUCUAGAGUAAAAGAAUUAACGCUGCUACUCAAUAGCUCAUUUAACCUCGUUAGAUCCCUUCUAUCCACAUCAAACUCUCUUAAGCUACAAAUCAAUAAUUUAGAACGGGGUUAUAAGAGAAAGAUAUUCCUGGUCAUAUCUUCAUACCAGAUCAUGUCUCUUCGAAAAAGAAGUCUAAUUUACCAGAAGCUGCACUGUUGUUCCCUCCUUCUUUCCUUCCUUACUUCAUUUUCUUUUUCU